GUAGGCGUAUUGAACUAAGUGGUAAUUAAUAAAACAAUGAAAUAUUUAUAAUAUAAUUUAAUUUCUUAAAUGCGUUGAAGAUUAAGACUGCAACUUUUGUGAUUGUUAAUUCUGUUAUUUGUGUUAAGGUAAACAGUGGCUAAGUUACAUUUUGUUUGUGAAAAUAAACUGUUGACAGUGCCAGGAGUAUUUGGAGGAUCAUGUCUAAGAGUGUGAUGCCGGUGGCGGGAUGUUGAGUGCGGAAUGAACCAAGAGGAGCUGCUCCAAAGAGCGGCAGAGGAGAGGGAAACUAUUGUCGCACGCUACAAGAAGGGGCGGACACCGGACGCGCAGAUAGACUCCUGGGAGGAACCCACGUUUGAUAUUUACAAGGUUCUCGACAGAUACGGCUUCAUACAGGACCAAAAUGAUCUGGAGAAGCAGAACCCAGCGGAAUCGCGAGUGGAAGUGGAACGAGUCAAGAAAUGGCUCAAAAUGUUGCACAACUGGAACACAAACGCUACCAGAGACAAGUUGCGCAAACGUGUGUUCAAAGGCGUUCCUGACAAGCUGCGCGGCCAAGUGUGGAGCAAGAUGCUCAACCUGUCCACCGCCCGCGAGGAGCAGAGCGGCAAAUAUCAGGAGAUGCGCGAGUUGGCGUGGCGAUGGUCUCCAGACAUCCGACAGAUCGACCUGGACGUGAACCGGACGUACAGGGAUAACAUCAUGUUUAGGGAAAGGUACAAUAUCAAACAACAGGAGCUGUUCAACGUGCUGGGUGCCUACAGUGUUUACAACCUUGAAAUCGGCUACUGUCAAGGCAUGAGUCAGAUCGCCGCGCUGUUGCUCAUGUACCUGAAUGAAGAAGACGCUUUCUGGGCCCUCUCCAUCCUUGUUAGUGAUAGAAAGUUCAAUAUGCAUGGUUUCUUCAUUCCCGGGUUCCCCAAGCUACUGAGGUAUCAGGAGCAUCAUGAUAAGAUCAUGAACAAGUUCCUCCCCAAACUGAAGAAACAUCUAGACAAGAAUGGAGUAGACACGGGCAUCUACACCCUCAAGUGGUUCUUUCAGUGUUUCCUAGACAGGAUACCAUUCAAGCUGACACUGAGGGUGUGGGACGUGUAUCUACUGGAGGGGGAACGUGUGUUGACGGCCAUGGCUUACAACAUACUCAAGAUGCACCGACGUAACCUCAGCAAGCGAGGCAUGGACGAUAUACUGCAGUACCUGCAGGUAGGCAUGUACCAGGUUCACCUAGAGCAGAGUUAUGAGUUUGAGGAAGACGUUACAAUGGAGAGUCUACAGAAGUGUAUGGAUGAGCUGAGGAAAGCCAAGCUUGACUAUGCAGGGGCUCCUCCCUCCAACGAGCUACCCAAGCGGCCGUUCGGACUGUUCAAGGAGCCGGCCUUUGAACAGAAGGUGGGCCGGCGUACCAGUGAGUUUUCAACUGCCGAGCGGACGACGCAAGAGAAUGUGAUGAUGAGGCGGGAUCUAGCAGUGGCUGCGGCCCUAGCCAGUCCCCCCACCACACACGGCGGCCAUGCCAACGGACACGCGACACACGCCUCGCAACGACUGUCUAGUGGCGGAGACGUCACCGCUCUCCCUGAGGGUGUUACAGGCAGUAAGUUUUCAUUGGAGCCGAGUCUAGACGAUGCGUCCUCCUUGCUUGGCGAAGGCUCACGCCGCUCACUUGCAGAGACGAGCGUCACAUCCACAGCAGACUUGAGCGUGUUCUCCUCCGCCACUCGGUCUCAAGCCCAGGACACUCACAGUCUGGGCGGGGGCGACACAGGUGACGAGAGUGGGGGUCCAGAGACACCCCGUGCUAGUCCUGACGUCGUCCGCAUCUACGUUCCGUACCACUCCCCCUCCACCUCCCCUCAGAACGGAGAUGUCCCUCAUGCAGACAGGAACAAGAUUAGGAUAGUGGUCAUGGAUCCCCCUUCUCCCCACGAGGACACGGCCACUCCUCUUGCAGAGCUCGGCCCCCCAUUGCGACCGUUCCACCUCGACCAACCAACUGUCGACCUCAAGUGACCCUACUCACACAUGAACUUACAUUAUGAUGGAUCUAAGUAACUUAGUAAGUACUUCACUCACAUUCACUCCAAUCUUUAGUUUAAUUUCCUAUUAUCACUCUCUAUUGUCUUGGAAGAGUUACAGCUAUUGUAUAUUUAUGGAGACUCAACUGUGUCUAUAAAAAUAUAUUGUUAAGUUUCAUAUUAAAAAAUUAAUUCAAACUGAAAGUUGUACAAAGAUGUUUAAAAUUUAAAAUGGUUUUUAGUAUGAUUGAUAUGCUGUAUGUCUCAUGAUGGAGAUUUUAGUGUCAAAGAUAGAGUAAAAAUGUUUUAAUUUUGAAUUGUCCUUUGUAUAUUUGUAAAUUUGUAUAUUUAAAUGUCCUUAACCUUUCAAUACAAAGUACUCAGAAGUGUGAAGGAUGAUAAAGUAUUUGAUAUUUCAGUGUUAUAUCUUUGAUUAGCUAUAAAAGUGGUGUAUUUUGGAAUGUUCAUAGUUUAACAUUUACAAGAAAUACUUUAUCUAGUACAGUAAUACAAUUGUCUAUUAACUGCAAACACAAUACUUAAUGUUUUAAUUAGAUCAAUUUUAUUUUUACUCCACCAUUUCUAUUUGAUGUUUUAUUUGACUUAUUUAAAAUCUGUCAGAUCCCUCUGUACAACUGUUUCUUACUCUAUGUUUAUUUAUCGGCCUCAAAUGCUCACAUUCUAUUAAGUAACUUGUAUUUUUAUUACCAUUCCUUUACACUCUGCACAUUCCUUAUGUUAUUGGUGUCUCUAUUGAUUUGACUUGAUUUUAUUGUCAUUUUAGCUAGAAUACAUUUUUGUCAGUAUAACAAUAACAAACAUGUUUAAUACAAACUAAGGAUUUGACAUUGCCUUUCAUUUGGUGCUUUGCUUCAUAUUUCGUUUUUAUAUGCUACAAGUCAACCCUAAGUAUGUAUUUACAUUUUUAUCCAAAUGCUGAAUUUGUGACACAAAAGCUGAAUGUUUACAGCUGUUAUGUUAAGAAAAUUAUUUUAUGCCAAAAGCUAGUUUAGAAUCUUAGCGUCGGUUGCUAGACUUAUUAAAAAUUAAAACUCAAUUUCUAAAAAACUGGGACCCUAAACUAAAAUUAUGGCUUCGACAUUCCCUAGUUU